AUGGCGAGGUGUGGAGGGGAAACUCCACGGGCUCUUCGCACGUGGUGGCUGGUAGGCCUAUUCUGUCUGGCUCUUUCGCUCGUCUGCCAAGCGGAGAUUGAAGCCAACGAUGUGGAACUCGUUCCGGAACCUGAAGAGACGAAAGCAAAUGAGAUACUGCUUGAAGAAUUGAGGGAUGAACUUUUCAACGAACUCCUUCAGGAGCUUGAGGACGAGGUUGCAAAGGGCCUUACCCCCGAAGGACGCGAUCUGUUUCACAAGAGGUUGACAAGUCUCAACUCUGAGUGGCGUGCCAAGAGAGGGCGCACCAACAUGUACGGGUCGUCUCAACUAUCAAGACUAAGCAGUGGAUUCAACAAGCGGACUCUGACUGACGAUGAGAGCGCGCUUGAAGAUUUAUUGGAUGACGCAGAGGUCAAACGCGGACGUUCUUCGUUUGCAGGCUCUAGCCGACUAACUAAUCUGGGAAGUGGCUUCACCAAGAAGAGUGAUCCUGGAGUAUGGUUGGACAGUGAGGACAAAAGAGGGCGCUCUUCAUUCACGGGUUCGAGCCGACUUACUAAUCUAGCAAGUGGUUUUAACAAGAGAGAUGAAGACGCGUACCUACUGGAUGACUUCUUAAGUAAAAGGGGUCGCUCGGCAUUCAGCGGCUCAAGAGGUUUGACCAAUUUAGCAAGUGGCUUCAAUAAGAGAGAAGAAGCUGUCAAAAGGGGGCGCUCUUCCUUUGCCGGUGUGAGCGGGCUGACGCACCUUGGAAGUGGCUUCAAUAAGAGAGGCGAUUUCUUAGAAGAUGUGUAUGCAAAUGAAGAUAAGAGAGGGCGCUCCGCUUUUUCAGGGUCGAAGGGGCUGACAAACCUGGCCAGUGGCUUCAAUAAGAGAAGCGAUGGAGACCUGAGCCUAUGGGAGGAGAACGAUGUCAAGAGAGGGCGCACUUCGCUGUCAGGGUCUGGUGGGUUGACCAAUUUAGGGAGCGGGUUCAACAAGCGAAGCGACGAUGGCGCAGACGCAUGGAAUGUAGUCAAGAGAGGGCGCACUUCGCUGUCAGGGUCGAGUGGGUUGACCCAUUUAAGUAGCGGGUUCCACAAGAGGAGUGAUGAUGGUGCAGACGCAUGGGAAGGGAACGUUGAAAAGAGAGGGCGCACUUCGCUUUCGGGUUCAAGUGGAUUGACCCAUUUAGGGAGCGGGUUCCAUAAACGAAGCGAAGAUGGUGUGGACGCAUGGCAAGAGAAUGAAGAAAAGAGAGGGCGCACUUCGCUUUCGGGUUCAAGUGGGUUGACCCAUUUAAGUAGCGGGUUUCACAAGAGGAGCGACGAUGAUGCAGACGCAUGGCAAGAGAAUGAAGAAAAGAGAGGGCGCACUUCGCUUUCGGGUUCAAGUGGGUUGACCCAUUUAAGUAGCGGGUUUCACAAGAGGAGCGACGAUGAUGCAGACGCAUGGCAAGAGAAUGAAGAAAAGAGAGGGCGCACUUCGCUUUCGGGUUCAAGUGGGUUGACCCAUUUAAGCAGCGGGUUCCACAAGAGGAGCGACGAUGAUGCAGACGCAUGGCAAGAGAAUGAAGAAAAGAGAGGGCGCACUUCGCUUUCGGGUUCAAGUGGGUUGACCCAUUUAAGCAGCGGGUUCCACAAGAGGAGCGACGAUGAUGCAGACGCAUGGCAAGAGAACGAAGAAAAGAGAGGGCGCUCUUCGUUUUCAGGAUCGAAUGGGUUAACCAAUUUAGGAAGCGGGUUCCAUAAACGAAGCGAAGAUGGUGCAGACGCAUGGCAAGAGAACGAAGAAAAGAGAGGGCGCACUUCGCUUUCGGGUUCAAGUGGGUUGACCCAUUUAGGGAGCGGGUUCCACAAAAGGAGCGACCAAGAUGCCUGGGAAGGAUUGGAGGACAAGCGAGGGCGCUCUCACUUUACCGGAUCAAGCCGGCUCACCAACCUCAACAGUGGGUUCAACAAAAAGAGUGACCCAAGUUACAGUGGAUUUGAAGAGAAACGCGAAACGACUGAAGGUGAUGAUUCUUAGGCCGGGCCUAUAUGAGGAACUGGUGUUUAACAGAUCAACUGGCAUAACUUGAUGACGUCAUUGGCCAUGGUUCAAUACAGUAGCACGUGUAGUACGCGUGGACUAUAGCAGAGUUAUGGGUGACGCCAACACGGAACUGGUUAUCCACAACAGAUAAUAACUUUACGAUUGGGUUGGUUUACUUAUACCUUAUCCAGAUUAAUAAACCCUAACACUUUAGGCACACUGACAGAGAGCUGUCGUUGUCGUCCAAGCACGACCCAAAAAACCUGUUUUUGUCUGCUUUUUCGUGGUGCGUGGCAGCUGAAAACCCAACCAGAGUCAUUAGUGGUUUGUAGGCAUUCACAGUCAAAACCAUGUAAUCGCAUUUAGUUUGGCAUUAGAAUGUGAUUUUAAAUGAAAAACUACAACUUUAAACAUGGUUUUGCUUUCGAGCAUGGCACAAUGUUCAGUUUUGAGCGGACUGCUGAAGUUAAUCAAAUCAAUUUCACCUUUGAAAGUUUGCGUAAAUUAAUUACUUUAGAUUGUUCUGGCCAAGUGCUCUGUUUAACAAGAUAAAUAUUCACCUUAAUGUAAAUGAAUGACAAAAAAAAAUUUGAAUUAUUAAUACAUGUUAUUAUGAGAGGAGUUCAUUAUGUUACAACAUUGUAUAUUCUUUUUUUAUCUGGUAAUGGGCGAACAUGAACUAUUUUAGUUGAUUUUUUGUUGAGCAAUUACCUUUUGGCAACCUAUGGACAUUGUCAAUUUGUUCAGCUAAAUAGUUAACUUGGCCAUCAACCUCGUUACAGAUGUCUUUCUCUCGAUCAUAAAAGUAAUAAGAAAUUCUUCUUUGGCUAUCAGCUUUAUGCUUAAUAAUCCGAUGUCGCUUAAAGGCACUGGUCACUAUUGGUUACGACGUUAUCGAUAAGAAUCUGGGAUUGGCCAUGCUUAGGACAGGGUCGCAGUUGUGUACAGUAAAAAAGAUGAGUAAAAACUACUUUUUCCAGGACAAAGUGAAGUUCACCUCUCACUUAUUCCGAAAUACGAAUCAUUGCGGUGAUUUCACAAAGAUAAAGGACUAGUUCUAACUUAGGAAUAGUCAUAGGAUAUAUUAAAAACAUAAAGGCUAGUCUUAAGUAAGGCCGAGUUAACUCGUCCUAACGCGAGAUAAGACUAGUCUUAACUUUUUAUAGAAUCCACACCUGAAACUGAGGAACAGCGUUGGGAGCCACUGGAAAUUAUUGUAGGAUACCAAUAGACACCAACGAUAUCAACAUUGACUCGAAACAAUCCGCCCAAUGCAGUUACUCGUUACUCACCAACUAGACUUGAUUCAAGUCCCUUGAUCGUGUGAGGUCCCAAACACAACGCGCCAGCAGUCAAGUACCAAUAUAUACGGCUCUGAGUAUAAGACAAGUGCGCCCCCAUCGUCAAAGUGUAGUUAAUGCAGCCAAGCAGAGCAGGUUUGGGGCCCGGAAAACAAUUAUUUUCUGUGGCGCUGACACGGGAUUGGGACUUGAUUCAAGUCUACUCACCAACCUACAUACAAUCUAAAUUGCUAGUUUGUUAUAAUUCAAUGUGAUAAGAUUGUCCUGCUACUGCUAAAUCAUUAAGGUGACUCUUUUUAAAAAAGAUAAUAAUAGUAAGCUACAACUAAUGUCUCAAAUUAAUGUCCAAUGAUGUUCAUCACUUGCACACGAUAAUGCAACACUAUAAUACAUGUACGAUGCAUCUUGCGGUAGCAGAUUUCUGUACAUGCGUUAUAACUUAGCUGUUUGGGGAUAGAGAUGUAUACUACAUGUCACAAAAUGGUUUGCAGUGGUUUUCUCGCUAACGGAAACAGGGCCCGAUUUCAUAGAGCUGCUAAGCACAAAAAUUUGCUCAGCAUGAAAUUUCUUCCUUGGUAAAAACAGGAUUACCAACCAAAUUUACACGUGAUUUUCAGGAUGAGCAAACAACAGCUGAAUACCAGUAACAAGCGAUAUGCAACAAAUGGGAAUUUGGUGAUUAAUCCUGUUUAUAUCAGUGUCAUGUUAAGCAAAUUUGUGUGCUUAGCAGCUCUGUGAAAUUGGGCCCAGGUCUUACGAGCAGGCCUGUUUAGUACCCGCCAGCUACUAUAGCUUUGUGAGAUUGUGUCAAAGUGAGAAAGCGAGUGAAAUUGAGUUUAGUGUUUGCCUUUUGGGAUUUGCCGGUUGGUUUAUCACGCUGGACCGUACCCUGAUUGAGCAUAGCAUUAGAGCAAUUCCAAGCGGUCCGACCGGACACAUUUGCAUAUGCAGUUUUUUUUUUUUUUUGAGCAAGCUAAG